CACGCACAAAAUUUCCCAGAAGCAUUUGUCUGUAACAGGAACUGAAAGGCAAAAGGUUAAACUAGCCACAAAAUUGUUCUCCCACACAAUUGCUCAAGCAAUAACUCGAGCGGUUAGUUUAGGUCUACUAGAUAACGAAAAUUGGGAGGAAUGCCAUCGACUUUUCAAAAUUACAAAUGACUGGUUUGAUCUAAUGAAUGUCAGGGUGCCCAAAGUUGGAGUGAGGGAACGCUUGUACGCCUACUGUUUGGCUUUGAACAAGCAAAAUAAUAUACUGGAACAGAUGACGCAGAUGGUUUCAUCGAUGAGAGUCAUUGGUAAAAAUGGGUUGCUUCCAUUCCAAAAAGAUAUACUCCAAAGCAAUAAUGCUUUGAAAUUGCUGCUGGAUGACUUAAGACAGCAGUACAAAAUUAAUUACGUUUUGAACUACCGAUUAAACCAGGACGUUUUGGAAAAUUUGUUUGGCGUAAUCAGGUCAAAAGGCGGUCUUCACGAUCACCCUGACAGGCAGGAGUUCAAAUAUAGGCUGCGUUCCUAUAUACUUGGUCACAACGAAGGAACGUUCACAGAAGAAGGAAAUGUUGAAGUCGACAACAUACCAGAUUUGGAAGGAAAUUACUUAUCUCUAACCGGUAAUAUUUUUCAACGUGUGUCAGUUGAUCUAAAUUCCACUGACCCAAUUGAAAAAAAUGAUGACUUGGAGAUUCUCAACGAGAACUUGAGAAUUUGGCAAUGUACAUCUGCCACAAACUCAGUAAACACAACCCCGAAAUUUGUGCCGAUUCAGAAAAUUGUUCGUCUUAGAAAUGACCAAUUGCAACGUGUUUCGGAACUUCAUCGUAGUUACGACGCAUUACAAUACCCAAUAUUGCAUUGGAAAGGUGACAAUGGCUAUAAUAUAAAUAUACCAAUGAUUGAUCCACGAACAGAAGAUAUUUUAAUGCGUAUGCGUCAUCAAGCAAGAAAUCCUGAUUUGUUGAUAACUUCGGAAAUGUACAACGAAGCUUUGAUAAUAAUUGAAGAUAUGUGUCUACGGAUUGCAAAUAAAACAUUAGUACAAUUGGGUAUGACCGCACCAAAUCGUGACAUGCAUGAUCUGUUUGAUCGUUAA